AUGGGCUCUCUGACCUUACCUGGGGGCCUGACCUUGCCUGGGGGCCUGACCUUGCCUGGGGGCCUGGACUUGCCUGGGGGCCUGGCCUUGCCUGGGGGCCUGGACUUGCCUGGGGGCCUGACCUUGCCUGGGGCCCUGGACUUGCCUGGGGGCCUGACUUUGCCUGGGGGCCUGGCCUUGCCUGGGGGCCUGGACUUGCCUGGGGGCCUGACCUUGCCUGGGGCCCUGGACUUGCCUGGGGGCCUGACCUUGCCUGGGGGCCUGGACUUGCCUGGGGGCCUGACCUUGCCUGGGUGCUGUUGUUCCUCUUGGGGGGCCUGCAGCUGCCUCUUCCGUCCACAGGAGCAAGGGGCCUCUGAGGGUCUCUUCUCUCCACAGGAGCUGGGGGCCCGGAGCUGCCUCCUCACAGCAGCGGAGGAGGAUGUGUCCACAGGGGAACCCCAGGAAGUGGUGCGAGUCGCAGCUCAGACCGUCCUGCUGCAUCUGGAGGCCGAGGGCACAGCAGCUGCAGCAAACCUGCACACAGGGUCAUGA